AUGCUGGGACCGGUUCUCCUCGACCGCCACUUCCUGAUCUGUGAGGAUGAUAACGACGAUGACGGUUGCGACGGAUCGGGUCAGUCGCACUGCCAGGGCAACGCCCUCUACAAGUCUGGGCUCUUCCAGGAAGCCGUGCAGGCGUAUACGCUGGCCUUUACGGAGUUGGCCAACACCGAGGCCGUCUUCGCCAGACAUGCCCCAAAGACUUCAUUCAACUCGGUUCUCAAGCACGCCACGCUGCUGUGCAACCGGGCCGCGGCACACCUCCGCUGUCCCGGUGCCGAUGCUGCCUCGAGCUGCGCUGAGGAUGCCGCAGCUUUGGUGAUGCUGGCAGAGCUUCCGCAAGAAGAUGUUCGCCUGGUCCUGAGCUGCGGCUCCCUGGUGCAGAAGGCAGAGUGGCGCCUUCAGAGAGCGCGCGAGCUCAUGGACAUCCGCCGCCUCCACGCGGAGGCACAGGUGCUUUGCCCCCGAGGGGACGCUGCCGAAGCGCUGCGGCGCUGCGAGGCGGCGCUGAAGCGAGCGGAUUCCGAGCUGGCAGAGAUGCACUACACUUCGGGGCUGGCCCUGUGCCGCAUGUGCUGCUUCGCUGAUGCCGUCGACUGCUUCGAGCGCUGCCUCACGCUUUGCCCAAACCAUGCGGAGGCCACGGCUCGCCGUGCGGCGGCACAACGGGCGCUGCGGGCAGCCACGCCCGCACUGCCGGCGCGCCUGACUUGUGAGCGGGGUCUGCGCAAGGAGAUCUUGAUUCGGAAGGAAGAGUGUGAAAGCAAGCCAGAAUCCGUCUGCAUCCCCUUCUCGAUGGAGUCCUACACCUGCCAGACCAGGGUCGAUGACAUCAGCAACGUGCGAAAGGAGCCCAUCGGUCACGACGAUGAGCUUUCAGAGGAGGAUCCUGCCACGGUCGGGGAGGUGCACCUCGUCCUGGAUAAGGUGCUGGAGUCCAUCGGGGGGCGUCUCUGGGACGCUUCGCUUCUGCAAGCCUCCUGGCUCGCGGAGCAUCGGAAGUUGCCGCAAGCCACGGGAGCAGGCCUCAAGGUGCUCGAAGUGGGUGCGGGGCUUGGCCUUCUGGGCCUAACCGCCCAGAAGUUACUUCCGGAAGCACAUGUGUUGAUGACGGACUACGACCCUGCCGUGCUCGCAGCGAUUCAGACCAACAUCGCCGCGAAUUUCAACGAAGAUGAGCGCAAGCCGACCACAGGACGCUUGGACUUCCGCGACUUCACCGCGGCCGCCCUGGAAGCAGGUGGCGAUCAGCCAGGCCUCGAAAGAUACACCUCCUACGCCGUGCCCCGGUCCAUGCUGGGACCGGUUCUCCUCGACCGCCACUUCCUGAUCUGUGAGGAUGAUAACGACGAUGACGGCUGUUGCGACGGAUCGGGUCAGUCGCACUGCCAGGGCAACGCCCUCUACAAGUCUGGGCUCUUCCAGGAAGCCGUGCAGGCGUAUACGCUGGCCUUUACGGAGUUGGCCAACACCGAGGCCGUCUUCGGCCAGUUCGAAGCCAGACAUGCCCCAAAGACUUCAUUCAACUCGGCUCUCAAGCACGCCACGCUGCUGUGCAACCGGGCCGCGGCACACCUCCGCUGUCCCGGUGCCGAUGCUGCCUCGAGCUGCGCUGAGGAUGCCGAGGCAGCUUUGGUGAUGCUGGCAGAGCUGCCGCAAGAAGAUGUUCGCCUGGUCCUGAGCUGCGGCUCCCUGGUGCAGAAGGCAGAGUGGCGCCUUCAGAGAGCGCGCGAGCUCAUGGACAUCCGCCGCCUCCACGCGGAGGCGCAGGAGGAUCCUGCCACGGUCGGGGAGGUGCACCUCGUCCUGCAUAAGGUGCUGGAGUCCAUCGGGGGGCGUCUCUGGGAUGCUUCGCUUCUGCAAGCCUCCUGGCUCGCGGAGCAUCGGAGGAAGUUGCCGCAAGCCACGGGAGCAGGCCUCAAGGUGCUCGAAGUGGGUGCGGGGCUUGGCCUUCUGGGCCUAACCGCCCAGAAGUUACUUCCGGAAGCACAUGUGUUGAUGACGGACUAUGACCCUGCCGUGCUCGCAGCGAUUCAGACCAACAUCGCCGCGAAUUUCAACGAAGAUGAGCGCAAGCCGACCACAGGGCGCUUGGACUUCCGCGACUUCACCACGGCCGCCCUGGAAGCAGGUGGCGAUCAGCCAGGAAGCACCUUGAAGGAGCUUGCCGAGACAGACCAGUUGGGCUCGUUUCAUCUGGUGCUAGGCAGCGACGUCGUGUACGACUCUUACCAUGGCCGGCAGCUGGCGCUCGUGAUCUCUGCCAUGCUCUUCAUGCCGCAAGGAGACUACGAGGGACCGGCUCCCUGUGCCGUGUUCCUUCUGCCGGACUCCCGGCCGCGCCUUGCAAGCUUCGUCCAAGCGCUGCCAAGUGCAGGCCUGAGCUGUCGCAUCGAAAGGCUGGAGACCCAGUGCGCCUUCUUCCGACGACUGCGCCACUACCACCCCAGCCUGGGCAAGGACAAUAGCUACUCGCUGUAUUUUGUCGAUUCGGGGCGUGGUUUCGAGCGCCUGGUCGAUGAGAGGCUGAAAGCACAGAACGCAGCACAUGCUGCGGCGCUGCGCGACUCGGAGACUCGAGUGGCGGCCGUCUCCAACGAGCUGAGUGCUGUGUCCGAAGGCCAUCGUCUUCAGGUUCUGAAAGUCACGCAGGCAGUCUCGGAGCUCGGACGGGACCGCGCGGGAUGGGGCUGA